AUGACAUCCGUUACAAAGCCCGAAUUUAUUCCUGGUGGUUAUCCAUCUACACCAGAUCAAGAUGGUAAUCAAGAAUCUUCCCCGUUCGAUUCUCAACCUAACUCUCAACCUAAUAACGAUGAGAGCAUUCUAACAAAAGUUACAAACUUGGGCUCAUCCGCUUUGGAAAGCGUUGUUGGAUCAAAUCCUUCUGGUAACACAACCGAGAAAGAUCAACAAAACAAUGAGAGCAUUCUAACAAAAGUGACGAACAUGGGUUCAUCCGCUUUGAGUAGCGUUGUUGGAUCAAAUCCUUCCGGUGAUACAACCAAGGAAGGCCAACGUAGUCCUUCAUCGAACCAACAAAAUGAUGAGAGUUAUCUAACAAAAGUAACAAACGUGGGCUCAUCUGCUUUGGGUAGUAUCGUUGGAUCAAAUCCUACCGAAGAUACAACCAUGGAAGGCCAACGUAGUCCUUCAUCGAACCAACAAAAUGAUGAGAGUUAUCUAACAAAA